CCUGGGCAUCUUGUGCAUUGUAACAAGAGCUCUUUCAAACGUAUUGUUAAGGGUGUCAUACUUGGGGUGAGUAACGGGUAGAUUUCUAACAAUUUCAAGGCGUUCUCGCAGAUACGCAUGCCAUAGCUUGUAGCUACCAGGAAGAGCUUUAAGUGCGCGUUCAUAGAUUAUGAAACGGUUACUGCAGGGAGCUUCUGACUUAGCAAUCAGAUAUCGCCACCACAACUUCAGACUAAAAGGGUUGCGUAAGAUCUCCUCCUCGUAGGGGAGGUCCUCUUGAGAUGGGUAAAGUUCUUUUGAGAUCGACAUGAGAGCAGAAAAAAAAAAAGCCCUAAAACCUUCUCAGAAAGGUAGAGAUACUGACCUGGUCGAAAAUUAGGAAACAGAGAUUCACUUCCCCAGACGCUUAAGCCCUAGCGCUGCCGUCGCACAUGGUGGUGCAAAUCCGAGAUGAAAACGAAGGAAUAAGGUCGGCUAAGGACAAAAACGAAAUCGAGGGGCCAAAGGAGAAACUAGACGUGGAAAUCCCUAAUGAGAAAAAAAAAAUAGAGGACUCUACAGGCUUUUCGGUCGUCGUUGGUGGUCGAUCGCUGAGAGUUGAGAAGCCGAAACGGCACGAGACGAUGGAGAGCACGUGGAAAAUGAUUACGGAGAAGAAGGAUAUGCCUUUCCCUGCUGUUGCUGCUGCUGCCACCGGAGCCAUCUGCUGUUGCUGCCGGACCAUAUGCUGCUGCUACCAUCAGACCCAUCUGCUGCUGCUGCUGUUGUUCAGCCAAAGCCAUGUGCUCUGCUGCUGCUGCCGGCUGCCACCACCGGACUCAUCUGCUGCUGCUGCUGCUGCCGCUAAACAGCCAAAGCCAUCUGCUUUGCUGCUGCUGCCAGACCCAUCUGCUGCUGCUACCGCCACCGGAGCCUGCUGCUGUUGCUGCUACCGCCACCGGAGCUUGCUGCUGCUGCUACCGCCACCGGAGCCUGCUGCUGCUACUACCGCCACUGGAGCCUGCUGCUGCUGCUACUGCCACCGGAGCUUGCUGCUGCUGCUACCACCACCGGAGCUUGCUGCUGCUACUACCGCCACCGGAGCCUGCUGCUGCUGCUGCUACCGCCAUCGGAGCCUCUUGCUGCUGCUGUUGCUGCUGCCGAACAGCCUAAGCCAUCUGCUUUGCUACUGUUGCCGGAGCUACUUGAUGUUAAUUGGUGGGGAAUGGGGAUCCCGCGGGGAUCCCCAUUCCCCGUGGGAAACGGGGAUGGUGAGCAAAAUCUGCUCCCGUCAAAAAUCUUCGCGGGAAUCUCCGUCGCCGUGAUUCGCGGGGACAGGGAUGGGAAGGGGUCCCCAGCCCCGCAGGGCCCCGUUGACAUCCCUACUUUUGGGAAAGAGAAAAACAUAUUAUUAAUUCCAAAAAAACAAAGGGGAAAAGAACCGGAAAUAUGUUAAUUAAUUUUUCUAAUUUUG